CGGAUUUUACACAAAAUGUUGCGUGCAGCAUCAUUUUCAUCACUCUCAUUCUCCAGAUUCAGCUUCUCUCUUCAUAUCCCCUCUUUUCCCUUUCCUUCCUGUUCAUGUUCAAUGUCAAGCCUUCACUCUCAUUCUGAGCUCAAAUCCCCUCGCCAUGUUGAUGAAGCUGUUGAUUCCUUCACCCGCAUGCUCUCCAUGCGUCGCACUCCAUCUAUCAUGCAAUUUAACAAGAUUUUGGGGUCUCUUGCCAAGACCAACCAUUUCUCCCCCGCCAUUUCCCUUUUUCAGCAAUUGCAAGCCAGGGGAAUUGCUCCCUGCAUAGUUACUUUGAGCAUCGUAAUUAAUUGUUGUUGCGGCAUGGGUCGGAUCACCCUCGCUUUCUCUAUAUUCGCCAAGAUUUUAAGGAUGGGUUUUCAGCCUGAUACCAUAACAUUGACUACACUCAUUAAAGGUCUCUGUCUCUGCGGUAAUGUUGAAAAAGCACUGCACUUUCAUGACAGAGUGCUGGCUCAUGGAUUUAGCUUCAACCAAGUCACUUAUGGGACCUUGAUCAAUGGGCUCUGUAAGACCGGACACACAUCAGCUGCUAUUCAAGUGUUGAGAAAGAUCCCACGGUAUGGCAUUGCUCCUAAUGUCGUCAUGUACAGCGCAAUUAUUGAUAGCUUGUGCAAGGUUACGCUUGUAAGUGAUGCUUUUCAUUUAUACUCUGAAAUGCUUGCUAAGGGAAUCUCUCCCAAUGUUAUCACGUACAACACUCUAACUUAUGGAUUGUGCCUUGCGGGCCAACUUAAGGAAGCCAUUGAUUUACUAAAUCAUAUGAUGCUGAAAAACAUUACUCCAAAUGUUCGUACCUAUAAUACUUUGAUUGAUGGACUAUGUAAGGAGGGAAAUAUCAAAGAUGCCAAGAGUGUGUUGGCUGUGAUGACAAAAGAUUCUGUGGAGCCAACUGUGGUUACUUAUAAUUGUUUAAUGGAUGGGUAUUGCUUGGUUAACGAAUUAAACAAGGCAAAAUGCAUAUUUGACACAAUGGCCCAGAUAGGAAUGGCUCCUGAUAUCCAAAGUUACAAUAUUAUUAUUAAUGGCUUGUGCAAAAGUAAAUUGAUGGAUGAUGCCUUGAAUCUCUUUGAAGAGAUGCGUCGCAAGAACUUGGUUCCUAACACGGUAACUUACAAUACUCUAAUUGAUGGCUUGGGAAAAUCAAGGAGAAACUCUUGUGCUUCAAAGCUUCUUGUUGAGAUGCAUAAUAAAGGUCAACCUGCUAAUAUAAUCACUUACACUUCCUUGUUGGAUGGGAUGUUCAAUAUCAAACAAGUUGACAAGGCACUUAUGUUAUUUAAUCAAAUGAAAAAGAGUGGCAUUGGUCCGGAUAUAUUCACGUAUAAUAUACUUAUUGAUGGCCUAUGCAAAAAUGGAAGACUUAUAGAAGCAAAAGAGAUUUUUCAAGAUCUUUCCAUUAAAAACUACCAUAAAAAUGUGAGGACAUACACUAUUAUGAUCAAUGGGAUCUGCAAUGAGGGCUUAUUUGAAGAAGCAUUGGCCCUGAUGUCAAAAAUGGAAGACAACGGUUGCUUACCAAAUGCUGUGACUUUUGAAAUCGUUAUUCGUGCUUUGUUUGAAAAAGGUGAGAAUGACAUGGCAGAAAAACUUCUUCGGAAAAUGAUUGCUAGAGGCUUAUUGAAUGGAUGAAUGAAGCCAUGAAGGUGGAGUAUCUAACAAAUUCCCAUGACUGUUGACAUUUAUCAUUAGCCACCGUGAACUGUUGUUUAUUUGACAAGAAAAUUCUUGAAACUAUUGCUUGCAAGUCAACAUCCAGGAAUUGGUUCUAGUAUGUUAGUGCUAUGAAUCCAGCUUUUGCUGAUACUCAAGCCAAAACUUCCUUUUAGCUUUAACUUAAAGGAUGCUUGCGAAUGGGAGCUGUGGGAUUACAGAUUAGCAAUGCUGGUAGCUAGUAUGACACCAAGUGCCAUAGUAGGCACAUGCAGCGCAUAGUUUUAUCAAUCAAAACAAUAAUAUAUACAACAAUCCAUUCAUCCACAAGCUCAAAAGGACAAAACCGCCAUCCCAAGUCCCAACAUCAUAAAACAAAGCAGCAAAAAAAAAUGCAUAUAACAAACUA